AACAUGGUCAACACGUGAGGAUUUUAUUUUGAUUCGCUAUUCAUGUGAUAUUUCCGUUUUUAUUAAAUAAAACACAUCCGUCACGAUGGCGGACGAAAGUGCCUUCGAUAAAAAGAAGGCGCAUCGUGCCAAACAUGCUGGGCGUAAGGCAGAAAAGAAGAAAAAGAAAAACCAACUGGACCAAUCUAACCUAAGUGCUCGCCAGAGAAACCCGAAAGCUUUUGCUAUCCAGUCUGCUGUGAGGGCUGAGAGACAGUUUCGGCGACGAGAGGACGUCAUCGCAAAGAAGCAGCAUAUUCCCAAGGUCGAUAAAACACCCGUAGACCCUCCUCCUAUUGUCGUAGCAGUGGUGGGCCCUCCGCGGGUCGGUAAGACUACUCUCAUCAACAACUUGAUAAAAAGUUUCAUAAAAACGAAUGUGACAAGUACAAACGGCCCAAUAACAAUAGUAACAUCGAAGAAAAGGCGGCUCACUUUGAUAGAAUGCAACAAUGAUGUUAAUUCUAUGAUAGACAUCGCCAAAUGCGCCGAUCUCGUGCUCCUGCUCUGUGACGCAAGUUUCGGCUUUGAAAUGGAGAUCUUUGAGUUCCUAAACAUUUGUCAAGUACAUGGCAUGCCUAAGAUCAUGGGUGUAUUGACACAUCUUGAUAUGAUAAAGAAUGCUAAAACAUUGAAAAUGACUAAGAAAACUUUGAAACAUAGAUUCUGGACCGAAGUUUAUCCUGGCGCGAAGCUAUUCUACCUUUCUGGUAUUGUCCAUGGAGAGUAUUUGAGGAAUGAAAUUAAAAAUCUUUCUCGUUUCAUAUCUGUGAUGAAGUUCAGACCGUUAAGUUGGAGAAGCACUCAUGCAUACAUACUGGCAGACAGAUUGGAGGACAUCACCAGUCAAGAGGCAAUAAGAAAAGACCCUAAGGUCAACAGAGAAGUGGUCUUGUAUGGCUAUGUCCGAGGAGUGCCAUUGAUGAAAGAAUCCAUGGUUCACAUUGCAGGUGUUGGAGAUAUGAAGGUAAAUGAGCUCUCUUACUUACCUGACCCCUGCCCGCUACCAAGCAGUGAGAAGAAGAGACACUUGAUGGAAAGAGAGAGACAAAUCUACGCUCCUUUCUCAGGUGUUGGAGGUAUUGUGUAUGACAAAGAUGCAGUAUACAUUGAACUGAAAGGAUCCCACUCCCACAAGCAAGAAGACGAAGAAACAAAUGAGAAGAAAACCUUACUCAAAAAUGUUGUUGAAACCAGAGAAACUGUUGAUGAACAAAUGCAAGAAUCUGGUUUCAAACUCUUUAGUGGUGGAGCUGUUAUUUACCCUGACAUGGUCAAAGAUGAUGAGUAUCUCCAACAAGGAAAGAAAGGCGAGAGUUCUGACGAGUCUGAUGAUGAUAGUGACUCUGAUAAUGAUAGUGGUAUAGACCAGAGUGAGAAAGAUGUCAGUGGGAAAGCUGCUAAGUUACCCUGGGAUAAUAAUUCGGGUUCAGAAGCAGAAGACGAAGAUCAGGGUGAUAUUGAAAAAAGUGAAAAUGAAAACAGCAAUGAUGAAGAAGAAAAAGAUUCGGAAGACUCAGAAGAGGAAGAUUUUGAUACUAAGUGGAAGGAAAAAUUAGGUGAAAAAGCAACAGAAGCAUAUUUCGAAAGACAGAAAACUUCAAAGAAUAUAAUGAAACUUGUCUAUGGAGAAUUUGAGAUUGGAAACAAGACUAAAGGAAACAAGGAGGAAUCUGAAGAAGACAGUGAAGAUGAUGAAAUUGGUGGACUUUUCAAGAAAGUAACUGAUACACAGAAGAAAAAGCAUAAAGAAAAAGAGCGGCAGGAUAUGGACGAAUGUUCUUUCUUCUAUGCAUUGGAUAAGCCAAAUUUGCGGGAUUGGACAACUGAUAUUAAUAAACAAUAUAUAAUCAAUAACUUUGUGACUGGUAAAAGAUCAGCAGAUGAGGAUGCAUCAGAACUCUUGAAACUGGAUGACGCCAGUGAUGGAGAUGAUGAUGAGGUAUAUGGAGACUUCGAAGAUCUUGAGACAGGUGAGAAGCAUGUUGCUGAAAAUAAACCUGAAGAAGAUGCGGCCAAUAAAGAGGAAGGUGUUAAACGUAAAGCUGAACCAACCAAAGCUGAAAUUAUCGCGAAGAAAAUGAAGUUGAAAGCUAAGUUCGAUUCAGAGUAUGACAAUCCUGACGAUCACAGAAUCAAGGGCGACCAUUCUUAUUACGAAGCCUUAAAAGCCGAAGCUUUGAAACAGUCUGAAUUGAACAAAUCAGUCUUUGAAAAUUUAGAUCAAGGCUUGAGGAUCGAAGUGGAAGGUUUCAGGCCAGGUCUUUAUGUAAGAAUGCUAUUCAAAAACAUGCCGUCAGAGUUCGUAACGAACUUCGAUCCGAGCUACCCUAUUCUGAUAGGAGCUCUCAACAUGGCAGAACAAAACAUUGGUUUUGUUUCAUGUAAAGUGAAGAAACACAGAUGGUAUAAGAAGAUUCUAAAAACCAACGAUCCUUUGAUAAUCUCGCUUGGCUGGCGUCGUUUCCAAACCUUGCCUAUUUAUUCAAAGAUCGAAGACGACUUGAAGUGUAGAUAUUUGAAAUAUACUCCUGAACAUGUUACUUGCAACAUGCACUUCUACGGUCCAAUUACGCCACAGAACACAGGUUUCUUAGCCUUACAAACAGUUAAUAACAAUAGUAAUGAGAUCAAACAAUUGGGCUUCAGAAUAGCAGCAACAGGCAGUGUCAAUGAAAUCAACAAAUCUACUCAGAUCGUCAAGAAACUCAAAUUAGUUGGCACACCUUUAAAAAUUUAUAAGAAGACUGCAUUUAUUAAAGAUAUGUUCACCAGUACUCUCGAAGUUGCGAAGUUUGAAGGCGCCAGGGUGAAAACAGUGUCAGGAAUUAGGGGUCAGAUUAAAAAGGCACUGAACAAACCUGAAGGCGCUUUCCGAGCCACUUUCGAAGAUAAAAUUUUGAUGAGUGACAUAAUUUUCUGCCGAACUUGGUUCAAGGUCGAUGUGACGAAAUACUACGCGCCUGUUGUAAACUUACUGCUACCAGUUGACGCCAAAAACGCGUGGCAAGGCAUGAAGACUAAAGGCCAAUUGAAGAGAGAGCGCAACAUCAAAAAUGAUGCUAACACAGAUUCAAUGUACACUCAAAUUGAGAGACAACAGAAAGUGUUUAAGCCAUUGGUGAUACCUAAGACAUUACAGAAGGGUCUACCAUACAGGUUUAAACCAAAGGAGAAGAGUACAACCUUAUCAGGGAAGAAACCUCAGGAUGUGUUUAAGAACAGGGUAGCUGUGGUAAAGAGUCCACAUGAACAAAAGGUGUCUAGUGUAAUGAAGAUGCUGAAGACCAACUACGAAAAGAAAAAAGAAGUACAGAAGGAAGCUACAGCAGAGAGGUUGAAGGCACAUAAGAAGCAGCAAGAUGAAGAAGAAUGGAGGAAAAUAAAGAGGCAGAAAGAAUUGAAAAAGAAGAUUUGUAGGCAUUUGAGUAAGAUGGGCAACAAGAAAAAACCUCAGAUGUGAUAGGUAUUAGGAUUCAAUUUUAAUUAUUUGUAAUUAAAUGUUUUAAAUGAUACAA